UCUUCGCGUACUGCACGCUGCUCGUCAUGUCCCUCAAACUGCUCUGGUGGCGCAUGCUCGGCGCCGUGGACCAGGCCGCCGGCCUCCUCGUCACCUCCUUCCAGAAGGCCAGGCUGCAGGACGUCGAAUCGAACACGAUGAAGGUCGGGCCUGGCGAGGCGGCGCGUCUCAGGACGUUCCGGCGGCUGUGGAUGGCCCUGCGGGACAUCCUGGACGAAAUCGGUCUCAAGGGAGGAACGUCCAUGCUCGUCCUCCAGGCCGUGGAGGCCCUGUCGCUCUUGCUGUACUCCGUGCAAACGGUUCUGGCCAUAAUCAAGGGUUUCACCUGGGCCACGCUGUGGAUGACCAUCCUGGCCACCGUCUCGCUGGUGUCUUCCAGCACGCUGUGCGACUCGGGUCAGAAGGUCGCCGAUAAGAUGCAAAUGGUAGCAGUACUCUUGGAGAGCACUCCAGCCGCGAACCUUAGCCCAGCGGUGGAAUAUGAGCUGGACGUUUUUCGUCAAAAUAUGGUUUUGAAGUCCGCCGCCAUACGACUGUGUGGAUUCGUUCCAUUGAACAGGCCAUUUCUAGGUUCGGUGUUGGUGGUUUUGCUCACGUAUCUCAUGGUGCUUCUUCAAUUCGCUCUUCUGUAAACCGUUGUCUGAAAACAAGUGGGAA